CCGGUCUGUAUACUGACUUAAUCAUUCGAUACACAUAUUUACUUUUUUUUAACUCAUUCCCAGUCUUUGGAGCGUGAUAUUUAAAAACAAAUACAUACUAAGGCUCAAAGAGAAGGAAAAAUUAUCUUUUGUGGUGAAAAUGAAUGGGGUCCAGAAUGGCAUCCACCGUAAUGGCAUCAAUGGGAACUUCAUGAAUGGGAACAGUGUGCAUCAUGUGAGCAUUAACACUCUUGUCAACCCCUCCAAACUGAAGAGCCAAAGGCAGAGAUGGACCGUCAGAGCAUCAGAGAUGUCCAAGAACACACUCAACCCCAUCCGAGCUAUAGUGGAUGGGAUGAAACUCACCCCCAACCCUGACAAACCUAUGAUUGCCCUUUCCAUUGGUGACCCAACUGUGUUUGGGAAUUUGCCAACAGAUGACUCUGUUUUACAGGCAAUGAAGGAGGCGAUAAACUCGCACAAAUACAAUGGAUAUGCUCCUUCAGUUGGUUACCAAAAGAGCAGAGAGGCUGUGGCAAACUUCUGCAGUCGCCCAGAAGCUCCACUGGAAGCAAAAGAUGUGAUCUUGGCCAGUGGUUGUAGUCAGGCUAUAGAAUUGGCCAUCAGUGUGUUGUGUAACCCAGGAGAUAAUAUAUUAAUUCCAUGUCCUGGGUUCUCCCUCUACAAGACACUGGCAGUGUCAAUGGGCAUCCAUGUCAAGCUUUACAAUCUGCUGCCAGAAAAAUCCUGGGAGAUUGAUUUUCAGCAUCUAGAGAGUCUGGUUGAUGAGAAAACAACCUGCCUGAUUGUCAACAACCCAUCCAAUCCUUGCGGCUCUGUGUUCAACAAGGAGCACCUGCAGAAGAUACUCUCUGUUGCCUCAAGAAACUGCAUCCCUAUCCUUGCUGAUGAAAUCUAUGGAGACAUGGUUUUCCCUGGCUGUGACUUUCACCCUAUGGCAUCCCUCAGCAGUGAUGUGCCCAUCCUGUCCUGUGGUGGUCUUGCCAAGCGGUGGUUGGUUCCAGGAUGGAGGAUGGGUUGGAUCCUCAUCCAUGAUCGUAACAACAUCUUUGGAACCGGAAUUCGGGAAGGUCUUGUGAAACUAAGCCAGCGAAUUUUGGGACCCUGUACUGUGGUCCAGGGAGCAUUAGAGGGCAUUCUGAAUAAUACACCACCAUCAUUCUACCAUAGCACAAUCAGCUUCCUUAAGUCAAACUCAGAGAUAUGUUUCUCAGAGUUGUCAACUGUUCCCGGACUGAAUCCAGUGAUGCCAUCUGGAGCCAUGUACAUUAUGGUGGGCAUUGAGAUGGAGCAAUUCCCAGAAUUCCAAAAUGAUGUGGAGUUUACUGAACGGCUGGUCACAGAGCAAUCUGUGUUCUGUUUGCCUGCUACGGCAUUUGAAUAUCCAAACUUCUUCCGAAUUGUGGUAACAGUACCAGAAGAGACAAUGGUGGAGGCUUGUGUUCGGAUCAGAGAGUUCUGUGCAUGCCAUUAUCGACCUUACAGUCAAGACAGCAAUGAACUGGACCAAUGAAAUAAACAGACAUAGAGAGACAUAGAAAAAGGAGGAAAGGAGAGGUUAAAGGGCAGACUGAAAUGGUGAACAAAGCUGCAGAAUGAGAAUGUUGAAAGAGAGGAGACAGUUAUUUGCAUUACAUGUGACAAAGGUCUGAAAAUACAGUGGGAUCUGAGACCCAGGGGUGCAAAAAUCAUACAUUUUAAAUCUCCUAUAAUACCUUACAAGCGCGGCUGGAUGUAGGCAUGGGCAGGGGUGGGCUGAGCCCACCCAAACGUGAGUCUUUCCCACCCAAUCAAACAUUUGGCACAUAAUUAAAUAAAAUAUUAGAUUUUUAACGAUUUGUGCAUUGGUUAAAAGCAAUUUAGGGGUGGGCUAUGUGUUGCAAACAUUGAGGGUGGGCUGUACCGCCCCAACCAAUCACAAAAUAGUACUAGAAAUUUGUAGUAUUUUUCUAUUUUUGUCAUUGGCCAAAUGCAACGACACACUCAAGAAGCAGCUGCUGCAAACCAGAGAGUCCGAGACAUCAGGCGAGCAAGAAUGGUAAUAAUGUCAUAUUUUCGUGCAAUGCAUAGAUGUUUAGGGCCCGUAAAGAAGCCUGGUGGUGUCUCUAGCAGUGACUAUAUGUGGCUUAUGUUAAUGUACCACAGGCAACCUCUUCAAACUCAUCAAAUAUCUCCCUCUCCCUCCACCUCAGCUCCCCAAAAUUACGCUGCGGGUGUUCGCGAAAUGGAAACUUGACCUGAAUUGUAAAGCACCACACCAGCCAAUGUUAGCUGAUGGUACCGUUCACGGCACCGGCUGGAUACUGUGUUUUACAGGACAAGUGCUUCUGUUUCCCCUGUUGUAUGUUCGGUGUCGCUGAGAGAUGCUGUCUUCACCUCGCGUCUUAAAUCUCUUUUAUUUACAUAUUUUUACAGUGCUGUGAUAGUUUGUUGUUUUUUGUAAUUGCGCUUUAAACUAUUUUUGCCAUGAAAAUAACCUAUGGUGCUGACAUGGCAUUACUUUCCAUUUAUUCAUGCAUCUAUCUGUCCAUCCAUCAAAUUAUUUUGAUGUGGAUAUUGUAGUUACUGCAUUUUCACAUCAAGUUUUCUCUGAAUUUUAGCAUAUGAGCCAAACUCAUCUGUCACAGCACAGAUCAUAGUCUAAAAGUCUUGAUUUCAGUCAAAACUCAAUUUUGCGUUUUGCCUUUGUAGGGGAGGAUAAUUGCUAAUUACAUUUCUAUUUAAUCAAUUAAUCAGAAAAGCCAAAGAGAAAUAAUCAUCAUCAUUUAAUAUAUAAUUACUUCUUUAAGCAGUUCUUUAUUCAAAUUUUGGGUUUUUAAUCUUAUAUGUUACUGAUCUCCCCAUCUAAUAUAUUUCCUUCCACUCCAUCCUUUUAUUUCUCCUUGAUAUUAUUUCUCUCCACUCCAUCCUUGCAUUUGUGUGUACUCUGAUUUGUCCUUGUAAUUUGCUUUAAGGCUGGAAGUUUAUUGCUUUAUUUUAUUUCAUAAAAAUGAAGGUAGUAUACCAAUAAUAAGGUUGUCAGGACCCACUUCAGUAUUAUGAUUAUGUACAACAGUAAUCCGUUUAUUUAUUUCAAUUCGCUAUAUUUUUAAUAUGGGGAAUAUGUGUAAAAUAUAGGUGUAAUGAGCCUUAUGAUCUUAACAAUUACGCCAUGUUAUGCCAAUUACUGACAUAAAUAAAUAAAAAUUUGUAUGCUCAACCAUUUUCACGAAGAUUUUGUAGGAUCAUAAUGACAUAUUUGGUGCAUAUAAUAUGACAUCUAAUGUUCAUUUGAUUUUGAUUUUCAAGUGUUACAUAUCAAAUGCUAUUUAAAUAAAAAAUAAAUAUAAAUCUCAAGAA